UAACGUAAAUAAGAGGCGACAAACAACAGCCAACAUCAAAAAACAUUUGCAGACAGCUCACAAAAAUGAGUGGAAAAUUUACCUUAAAGAGCAGGAUGAAUUUUUAGCAGGAGUGAAAAAGCAAAAAAAGACGGAUCCAACUUCCAGCACACUCCAAGAAACGCUGCCGAGCUUACUCCAGAGGAAAAGUGGAUAUUGUUACCCAGACGAUCAUCCAGUGACCUUGCGAAUCGACAAAUCCAUAAUGGAUUUAAUUAUUGUCGAUAUGCUGCCCUACAAUAUAGUUGAAGGUAAUGCGUUUAACAUUUAACAUUUGUGAUCCAAGCGGCGAUAGCAGAUAUCGCAAAAAGAGCGAAAAGUUUUUCCGGACUACGUUGAUGCCAGCAACCUACGAUAAGAUAAAGCACAAAGUUACUUAUCUCAUAGCAAAUGCGGAAUGGAUCAGUUUCACAACUGAUAUCUGGAGCAACUCCACCAAAUCAUGCUCCUUGCUCAGUUUUACAGCACAUUUCUUAGAAGGGCCUCGUAGGCUAAAAGUUAUUUUGGCAGCUAGCGUUCUGGAAACUGAUCAUACCGCUCAAAAUAUUUUUGCUGAUUUAAACAAAGUUAUAGAAGAAUACAACAUUCGGUCAAAAAUUCAUUUGGCGGUAACUGACAAUGCUGCAAAUAUGAGAGCAGCAAUGAAGUUGGGUAAUAUUAAAUGGUUUGGGUGUACGGCACAUACCGGAAAAAUAUUCAAGAUAUAUCACACAAAUGCCGAAAAAUUGUGGGACAUUUUAAGAGAAGUGAGCAGGCAUGUCGCUACUUAAAAAAAUGCCAAGAAACGCUUGGUUUGCCUAAUCAUUCACUAAUACAAGAUGUUGUUUGCAGAUGGAAUAGUACAUAUUUGAUGUUAAGUAGAUUAUACGAGCAGAAGGCUGCCAUUAAUUUAUAUAUAGCAGA